ACAAGUAUUACAAGUAUUCAUAUAAAUCCACAUAAGAAUGACUUCAUUCAAAAACCUUUUGGAAUGCUGAUACAAGAUUAAAGAAUAAAUUUCAACAGAAACUCUGGGUCAACCUGAAGAAAGCAGUGGACAAGAGAUUUUGCUGGACAGAGUGAACAAAUAUUACCAAGUCAAGAUGUUUCAUGGUGAUGGAGUCUCACCAGAGAAGACUGAAUACUGAAAUGGAAUCAGGAGUAUUCACACAGGAAGGAAUGGGGAGAAAGAUACAGAGAAAGGGUCCAAACAUGGUAGUCAAAACCUUGAUGGCUGUGUCAAGGACUGAAGCCUGUGUACACAGGUGCUGCUGGUACUCCAUGACUAAUGCCCAACUCCACUGCCUCCCUUCAGCCUGGCUCUUCUCCACUAGGACCACUUUCUACUAACAAUGUGAGAGAAGAUGGGGGAUUGGAACUUGUUGGGCAGCGUCUUAGAAGAGGUCCACAUUCAUUCUACCAUUGUGGGGAAGAUCUGGCUCACCAUCCUCUUUAUUUUCCGGAUGCUUGUACUUGGUGUUGCAGCUGAAGAUGUCUGGGAUGAUGAGCAAAGCGAGUUCAUCUGCAAUACAGAGCAGCCAGGCUGCAAGAACGUCUGCUACGACCAGGCUUUCCCUAUCUCUCUUAUACGUUACUGGGUCCUGCAGAUCAUCUUUGUGUCCUCUCCUUCAUUGGUCUACAUGGGCCACGCGCUUUACCGCUUGAGAACCCUUGAAAAACAGAGGCACAAAAAGAAGGCCUGUCUGAAGGCUGAGCUGGAGGGGACAGACGCUGACCAGGAGGACCACAAGAGAAUUGAGCGGGAGCUCAAGAAACUAGAUGAACAGAAGAAAGUGAGGAAAGCACCACUCAGAGGAUCUUUGCUCCGCACAUAUGUUUUCCAUAUCUUGACCAGAUCUGUGGUGGAGGUGGGUUUCAUCAUUGGUCAGUGUGUUCUGUAUGGCAUUGGACUGUCUCCUCUGUACAAAUGUGAGAGGCUGCCUUGUCCCAACAGUGUUGACUGUUUUGUGUCAAGACCUACAGAGAAAAAUAUUUUUAUGGUUUUCAUGCUUGUCAUUGCUGGAGUGUCUUUGUUCCUGAACCUCCUGGAGAUUUUCCACCUGGGGGUGAAGAAGAUCAAGCAGAGCUUAUAUGGAUACAAAUAUGGAGAUGAUGACAGUGUUUGCAGGUCAAAGAAAAAUUCUGUAGUGCAGCAAAUUUGUGUUCUCAGUAAUUCCUCACCACAAAGGCUGAUUCAACUGACACAGAUUGCCAGUUCUGUUGUGUCAGAUCCUUACAAGGAUGCUCAUAGAGAUGUUCUGCCUCAAAAUUUGGUUCAUGCAGCUUGCAGGAAUCCAGAGGGCAUGGACAUUUCACAGCAGCAUCCUGCACAGACAUACCAGGCGAGCCAUGGUGACAUCCAGCGUUUGCAGCAACUAGGGGCUGUGGAGCGGCGGUACACUCUGGAAAACAGGAAACCCUCAUUCAGCAGUGACGAGUCAAAUGGACCUCAUAGUUGGGCCAAGCCUCACUAUACAGAACCUUGCACAACGCUAGUGGCCAGCCACAUGGAGAUCCCAGCUGCCCUGAGGAACCCUCAGAGGAAGCAGAGCAAAGUCAAUGUCUGCAAGGAGCUUAGCGACAUGAGUGAUUCUCCAGAGAGUGACCACUAUCCCACAGCCAGGAAGUGCAGUUUUAUGUCCCGAGGAAUGUCGGAGGCCAAGCUUGCCAGUCCAUCUGAUAGUGGUGCCUCUCAGAGUGGAACAGACACAGAGGCCCAGCACUUCAGCCAGGGAGAAAGCCCAGGGAUGACCCCACCUCCUCCGGCCUCUGGGAGAAGGAUGUCCAUGAGCAUGAUUCUGGAGUUGUCUUCAAUCAUGAAGAAGUGAACCGAAAAAGAUCACUUUGGUUAGAGGCACGGCGAACUUCUGUAGACAUAAACACACACGUCAUGUUUCACUUCAUUUAUAGUAUUGUCAUUUUCAGAUUGUAUUUACUCAUGCACUUACUGUUUAGGUUAGUGGAUCCAUUUAAUGGUUUAUUUGUGUCAAUCACGCAUGGCUGCCAGGACAUAAAGUGAGUCUCCAAAACUCUCAUUGAAAAUAUGUCGGACAGCAGAAUGUAAUUAGAGACUGCGGACAGUGACAAUAAAAUACAAUAAAAUUCUCUAAAUUAAAACAUGA